UUGAAUGUGGAGAAACAAUUUGUAAUCCUUAUAAGGAAACAACCAUCGAUAAUAAAAGAAAACAAUUUUUUUUGUCGUGAGAAUUGUGAUAUGAAUGAAGAACUGAUUGAUUUGAGAGAAAUGCACAUGAAAACGAUCAUCGUUUAAAUAAAACUGAGCGUUUCCGCGGUCGGAAGGACAUUUUCAAAGACUUAAUCGAAUAACGUUUGGAAAUUGGCCAACAUUCGACGAAAGUGAUACGAGAUCCAUUUGGAAAAUCGGCACCGUUUAUUAUCAACAUCGUUAUUGUUAGCGGCGUGCGUGUCAAUCAAAAACAAAAAAAAACUCAGUACACUAAUGUGAUCGAUCGUCAUAAAUUUGUCAUUAUUUUGAAUUUUAUGCACACACAGAGCGACACAAAGGCUGACAAAUCAAUCAUAUAAUUGUAUCGUAUAAGAUUUAAAGAAAACGUCGGAAAAGAACAUAAAAACUAACUAAAGAACACACACCAAUCAAAAGAACAAUACACAACAGAAAAAAUAUUAAGACUCUGCGCCACACUCUGCGGUGCUGACAAAACUUUUUCAAUUUGAUGUUGUUGCUACCUUUUUUUAAGUGCACAUGCACAUUUUGAUUUGCGCGCAGUUAACUUCACGUUUUUUUUUUUCGAAUGCCGUUUUGUUUUUUUGUUUAUUUUUUUCAAUAUUGACUCGUGUUACUCGCGCCGCUCAUAGAGACAGAAGAAAACGGCCUCUUGAAAACGAACCAGAGCAAGAAAAAAGUACACAGCAUAAAAAGUAAAAACACGAAGGAGAAACACUGGAAAAAAGCACACAAAUUGGAAAAAAAAAGAGUACGACAAAGAAAUUGGUGUGUGCUUGUGUGUGACUACGUUUGGUUGGAUUUUGAGCAGCUUAUUCAACACAUUGUGUGCACUGAUCUGAAAUGUACAAACGGCAGCAAAGUUGUUGAUUAAAACAUUCAAACAAUUGGUUAUAAUUAUUUUGUUUGGUUUUUACUUUCAUUUCACGGUGUUUAUUCAUUUACGGCUCUCACAAUACACACUCUUAAUAUAGAAAAAAAGCUAACUCUAGAAUAAUAAACAAGCCAAAAUCAUUCACCACGCGAUUUAAAAUCCACCAAUCGAUUGUAACUGUUAAUAAGAAGAGAACACAAUCACACCGACUGUUUAUUGUUUGUCGUUUUGGAUUAUGAUUGAGCCCAUUAUGCAAUUAUUAUUUGAGUGCUAUGAUUGUGACUGUGUCGAUCGUGCCGAAAACUGUGUCGAUAAAGUCAAUUGUGAAAUUUUGUAUGCAUUGUCAUCAUAUAAAUCGUUCGAUAUAAAGUCACAGUCGUGCAUUGUGAUGCUUAAGAAAUGGUUGUUCGAUUCAAAUUUUGAAAUUCAUAAUCCAAACAACAUUGAAUUCGAUGGUUUAUCGAUGCUGACACCGACCACUUUACAAAAUAAUCAACAAGUGCAACCAAUAAGCCGGCUUACAUAUAAUUCAUUUUCAAUUGUUGCAACAAUACAACAUAAAAAUCAUAUUCAAAUGUAUGGUGUACAUCGUUGUCGCCAAUACACCGAUAUGUAUCCAUCACCAUCAAUUUUCCACACUAAAACCGGUCACAGUCAGACCAAGUGUAAUGCCAUUGACUGCAACUGUUUUCCAAAUUCAAUUAAUGGAUCAUGUUAUUUAUGGGGCGACAAUAUUAAAAUUCUACCGCAAACGAAAUCCAAUCAUAAAUUGUUUUGUAAUGAACAGCAUUACAUAAAGAUAGAAAUUCAAAACAAUUUCAGUGCCAUUGUUGAAAAUCAGCACAAACAACCAUGCAAAUUAUCCAGUACAAAAUUAGCGGGUGAGAAUUGGAAAAUAGCAACAACGGCUGUCGUUCAUGGAACUAAACAAAACAGCGUUUGUGCAAAACAGACAUUUGAUCAAAGCACAACAACAAAUCAACCGAAUGCCAAUCAAUUAUUGAAUGAUGGUAAUAAAGGUUCGGCGCCAUCAAAAGCAUCACUUAAAUUUGUGCAACGUUCACCAUUGACUGUUGUUCAUAGGUCAAAUCUACUGAACAUAUUUAUUAAAUACCUACUUAUUCUAAAUUGUUUAAUGUGCGUUGCCAAUGGUAAUUUGAUGUCGCGCAAUGUUGAAAAUGAUCUAAAUAACAAGCAUAAUCAAACGAAUAUUGAUGCAUUGACAACCCAUUUAAGUAAUUCACCAUUGACAUCGAACGAUAAUGGUCGAAAGGGUAUUUCAACCACUGUUUCACCGCAUAUAUUGCAAACAAUUAUGUCGAAUAACAAUCCAAGUCAAUUCCAAGUGAAUUCACAGACACAAAGUCAAAAAAUUGGCCGAUCAACACAUCAUCAUCUUCACCAUCAACAGCAACAGCAACAGCAGCAAUUAGAGCAACAUCAAAUUGGUCAAGAUAUGAACAUUGAAAAUCAUGGUGAUAAUAGCGAAGAAUUUUCGCGAUGUGCAUCAUGUCAAUUUCGUGAACAAUUGAAAGCACAAAAUUUGGCAUCAAUUAAAAUGCACAUUUUGACCCGUAUUGGAUUGGAACGUCCACCAAAUAUUACUGGUCGUGAACACAUUCCUGAACACAUGAUAGAAAAUUUCUAUCUAAAGCAAGAUUCGAGAUACAUUCGCAUUCGUAAUGGCACCGAUGAAUACAACAGUGCACAGAGUGAAGAGGAUGUUGACGAUACAAAUGAAAUGCAAGGCGACGAUCCAGGUGUUAUGAUCAACAAUAAACAUCAACAUCAUCACAUAUACAAUCGCAAUGGCGGUGUCAAAAAUGGACUACACGAACAACAUCAUCACCAUCAACCGCCCCAAUAUUACAAUAACGGAGCACAUUCAAGACACGAAAAUGACUUUAGCGAAGAUUACGAUGGUGAACGCUCUGGAAUCGUUUACAAAAUGGAUUAUUUUGAUGAACUACGAUCAUCAAGCCGAUUUCAUUAUGAUGACAUGUCCUUUGAUCGUUCCGAAGAGACUGACGAAGCCUUUUAUUCAACCACUGAUGUUGUUUAUUCAUUUCCAAAAUUAUCAAAAGCAAGACAUCGUGGUGAUAUCCUCGAGUUUACAGUCAAAAAUAAUAAUCAUUUGUCCGUAAGUGGUGCGACAUUUAAUAUGUAUGUGCGUGGUGAAGAUUGGCUGGCUGAAAAUGAGCCGAAUUUAUUGAUGCGAUCGGGAAAUGGUGGCGGUGGUGGUGGUGGUGGCGAUCGAUCAAAUGUCAAAACGGGUGUAAUGAAUAGCGAUGAAAAUGCACCAAUGUCAACAGCAUCAACAUCAAUGAGCACAAGAGAUGAACAAAAUAUCGCAACAUCGAGUGAUUCACUUCAUAAGGUCCAUGGCAACAGCAAAAUUGUCAACAACAACAACAACCAUUUAUCAAUAUCCAUAAACCGUUUUGUACAUCGCCAUCAGCAACAGCAAAGCACCAAUGAUCAGGAACAAUCGAAAAAAACGGCUCAACCGCAACAGCAACAGCAGCAACAACAACAAAGGUACACGCGCAUCGAUAGCAAUUUUGUCGGUGAAAUACCCAAAGGCGCUGGCGAAUGGAUUCAAUUCAAUAUAACGCUGAUGGUGAGCGAGUGGAUUCAACAGCAAAAGCAUCAAUCAGUGAACACUCAAUCGGCAGAUAUCGUUCAAGAAGUGGUUAUUAAAACUCUGGAGCCAUGGAUGCGCCAACUACUAGUAUUGGAUACCAAUUCAAAGAAUCGGCCUUACAUUGAAAUUCAGACAAGAGACAUGCGUAAGCAUCGCACAAAACGUCACUUGGCCAAAGAUUGUCGGGAAAAUGAGAGACAGACGAGAUGUUGUCGGUACCCUUUGCGCGUUGAUUUUCGUAAAUUUGGAUGGGACUGGAUUAUUGCUCCCGACAUUUAUGAAGCAUACUAUUGUGCCGGUGAAUGUCCGAUUGGCUUUUUGCCAAAGCAUCCGCACACAUACAUUUAUUCGUUGAGUUCAUCGUUUCAAACAUGCUGUUCGCCACGUAAAUUGUCACCGUUAAGUCUUUUGUAUUUUGAUGAUAAUAAAAAUGUAGUUCAUAGCAUUAUACCAAAUAUGGCUGUAGAGAAGUGCGGUUGUUCAUAGGAAAUUGACCGCAUUUAUAUUGCCAUUGAAUAUAUAUAUAUAAAAAACAACAAAACAAAACAAAAAAAAAAUCAUAAUAAUAAUAAUAAUGCAAACAAAACAAAGUUAAACGUAAAAUAAACACAAAUGAAGUAAACAUUGAGUAAAUGGCUGAGAAUAUGUGACAGAGAUUCGGGACUGGAGAUCGAUGAAAAACAGACACAUUCAUCGUGUAUGCGAUUGUACAUUAUUUAAAUUAGCGUAAAUAAAACAUAUUAUAUCGUUAUCAUAGGAAGAUCUAUUAGAAUAUGAUGUGAGGACUGAUUGAGAGAGAGAGAGAUAGAGAAAGAAAAAACAAUGAACAGAACAGAACGAAGUUAAAUUGGGUCAAAGCAGGCCAACUGAAAGUACAUUUUUAUGUUUUACACGGAAUAAUUUUCUUUUUUAACUUUGAAUCACAUAAACACAAAAAAUUGUAACCGAAUAGUGAAAUUAGUUUUAGGGAAAAUAUAAUCUAGUACAUUUAAACAUAUAUAAAUAUACACUUUACUUUUGAAGUAGGAAUAAAAACAAAAAAUAAACACACACACACAUACACAAUUGGAAAAAUCCAUUAAUAAAUCCAAGAGUAAUACAUACACACAUACAGACACACACCUAUACACAUAUACACAAUUUAGCUCUCACAUAGGUAGGUAUUUAUAUCUGAAGAAACUAAUAUAUUAAAUGAAUUGUAUACGCCUUGCCAGAUUACCAAACAAAACACAAAUAUCCUACCCCGUAGAUUUUAUGUUUUAGAUAGAUUUUGUCUCUUUAUAACUUUAAACACUUCAAACAUAAACACACAUACACACAAACGCAUUAUUUUGUUUUACUUUUGCCAUUCAACAGUCAUUACAUUGUCUUGAGCCUUAUUCACGGACAUAACAUACAUCCUGCGCAGUCUAAACCAUAUUCAAACUUUGCAGGUCUUUCUGAGGUCCGAAAUGUUGACAAUAUUAAAAUGCUUGCCAAUCCAAUCUAAAUCACAGUUUGAUGAGCAAAAAAAAAUCGCUUCAAAGAAUCAGGUAACUACGGCUAACUGUGAUUUUUGGUCGAUUUUCCAUCAGUCGACUGGUUUCAUGACACAUUGGAUGCCAUUGAAUAAAUCAAACACCACAUUAUUUGCGAGAUUAUUAAUAUUUCAAGGGCUAAUGUUUAUUCAAUGCAGUUCUGUUCUUAUUUAACGCGCAUGUACAGCCCACGGCGUCAAUGAUUAUUUUCUUUUAGCGUGCGCAAAUACUUGUCACUGAACUUUUACUUCGCAAUUGCAAAAAAAAAAGAUUCAACUUUAAACAGUGAUUUGUAUCUUCAAUAUUUCAAGGUUUUCCGUUAUUGUUUGUCCAUUUUGUGAAAUGAACUUCGAUGUCGACGGUGAUUCAUGCCUCUGUUGUUGAUUUUUUUUUCUUCUCUUCAAGUUCGAUGUUAUUUAUGCGAAUAUGACUCAUGCAAUACGAAUAUGAUGUUUGACAUUCGUUCAAAAAACAAAAAGGAAAAUAUAUAAAUAAAUGUGCAACCCGAUAACCAAUGCUGCACAUUGUUGCACGUGUGAAA